AUGUGCUUUUGUGAUUCUGCUUUUUCGACUUAUUUUGAAGAUCAUGCCUCUCGACAAAGGCGUCGCGCCAUGUUACUCGACGUCCAGAUUGGGCAGAUGAUGAUCGAUUUGAGUUCAUCCUCAAAACUGGUACCGAUUUGUGCUCAUUCCCCACCUCCUGAGCUCCGCGGCCCCUCCACAAAGCGCUUGUAUCUGCUAGUCUGUAGACAGGCCUGUAGCGACUUGGUGAAUGUGCAGGCGAACGGAGGUCUGUACUAG